GUUUUCUUCUUUGGCCUUUGGUGAUGAUGAUGCCGGGCAGCGUGCCCGACGGCAGUAGCAGCAGCCCGGCCGAGGGCAGCAGCACGGUCGCCGAGACCAUUUCUGCGGCGGAAAGCAGCAGCGCUAACGGCGCCGCCGCCUCUGCCAGCGCCGACUCGCAGAAGCGCAAGACAGCCUUCCGCUUCCGGUGCGCGUCAGAUAUUGACCUCCUCCGCGAGGUCGUGUACAUCCAGCCGUUCGCGGCGCCGCAUGGGCAGACGACCGACCGCUGGACGAAGGUCGCGACGCAAGUGGCUCAGAUCCACGGCAGCGGUAUCACGCCCAACAACGUGCGGAAGCGCUUCGACGACCUCAUGAGUGCGUUCAAGCAGGACUCGCUUUCGACACUCCGCGCGUCGGGCUCGGAGGAAGAGUACCAAGAGCGUGCGCUGCUUCUGCAAGACAUCCAUGACUUUAUGACGGUCUCGAACCACCGGAAGCGCGAGGUGAAGGAGGAGUCGGUAGUGCCCGACGAGCGACCCGACUCGUUUCUCGAGCCGCCGAAGACGUCACUGCUCAAGCGCAAGCUGCCCGAGACGCAACCACCGCCCUCCACGAUCGACUACUUUCGCACCGCGCAACAAAACCUCGUUGACAUGAACCAGACCAUGUCUGCGCGCAUGGCAAGUAGUCACAGCCGGCUCAGCAUCGACCGCCGUGUUCCAAGCCUCCACGCCUCCGCUGGCUAUGCUUCAAGUACAUACACGAAUGGCGCUUUCCCUGGCAAUGGCGCAGCGAUGGACCACAGCGCCAACGCAUUCACCGACGCGCCACUCGCCACCAAGGCGAGAAGCAACGAUACCGAAUCGUUGAACGAGCGCGAAGCCCCAGCUGCUGAUAGCCGUGGCGCCACCCAAGACCGAGCGGUCAACGGUCCACGAGUUGAGAAGAGUGACGACCCGCCGGUCAUCAACGUCGAUGAUGACGACGACGACAAGGCGCCAGCACCCAAGGCUCGUCGCACCGAGUCGGAUAGCUUGCUCGUGAUUGCCGCCAACGCAGCGUCCAAACUCAUUGAUGUGUUUGCGAGGGCGAAUGAGAUCAAGGCGAGAGAGGUCCAGGUCGCGCUGCGCAAGGUUGAGCUCGAGGAGGCGCGUCUCGCCUUGGAGCGCAGCGAGCGCGAAAGUCGGUUCGUGCUCGAGCGCCGGGAGCGCGAAAUGCACAUGGAGUUUAUGAAAGGCACGCUCGAGAUCCUCAAGGUGUUUGCCUCCAAAACGUCGUAAAUUUUGUGUUUGUUGCUCAAUGAGUUGUGUUUUUGC